CGGAAGAAAACGAACAGCGGCGCUGCCUUUGAAUCUCUUUCCCGGUCAGACUCCCGUGAAGACUGACACAGACAAGAUCCCAGAAUAGCAAAUCCCGAUAGCAUUGUUUAGGAGAGAGGGGGGGUUUUAUUUAUUUGAGCAUGAUGCACGUGGGAGUCGCCAAAACGCUGCCGCCAAACUUUUCAGCGUUUCCAUCGAGCGCGCGCUUUUAACAUCUCACACAACUUCGCUCAAGUGUGUGUGUGUUGUUUUUUUUCCCCCUGCGUGGAUCAAAGACUACUGUCGGCUUCUGUGCCGCCGACUUGGAACCAAGAUCUCAGAAUGCACAGGCGCUGUUUUGAUCAGAUGUCCAAGACCUCCAGAUCAGCAGCUCCCCGUGACGCUCCGAUGACUUUUCACUUUUGUUUCGUGCAACUUUCUGUUCACGCGCAGGUGCGUCUGUGCUCUUGAAGCACACUAACAUGGUUUUAAGAUAACUGCUUAUUGUAAGAGAACUGCUUUUCUGACGCGCGCUCCAGCUUCCUUUCCGCUCGCCUCAUCCUAUAAAAUAAGUCACUACACACCGACACUUAUGGCGCUUUUGUAGCUAUCAGAGUUGAGAUACAUUCCGGCGCUCACGCGUUGUCCUGGGAGCAGAAGGCAUGCUGGGAAGCCCGUCCAAUAACGGCGGUGUGAGGAUGCUUGCUCCGCACGCGGCCGACGACGACAGGCGCGUGGAGUUCGUGGCGCUCGCGGCUGUGAACACCGAGCCUCCGAGUCCUGAGCGCGCGCAGCCUUCACAGCGCACCGGCUUGCUGGGAACCCCGUACCCCGCUCCCCCCGGACCCCGAGCCGCCGCGUCCGCCUCCAACAAGCGCUACCGCAAGAUCCAGAACUGCCUCUACAACGUGCUGGAGAGGCCGAGAGGAUGCGCCUUCAUCUACCACGCGUUCAUUUUCCUCCUGGUGUUCAGCUGUCUGGUGCUCUCCGUCUUCUCCACCAUUCCAACCCAUCAGGAAACUGCCAACCAGGGCCUCUUCAUCUUGGAGUUUGUGAUGAUCGUGGUGUUUGGCUUAGAGUACAUUGUGAGGGUAUGGGCAGCUGGCUGCUGCUGUCGCUACAGAGGUUGUCAGGGGCGUCUCCGUUUUGCCAGGAAACCCUUCUGCAUUAUAGACUUUAUAGUGUUUGUGGCGUCAGUGGCUGUGAUAGCGGCGGGAACACAAGGGAACAUCUUUGCCACAUCGGCUCUACGUAGUAUGCGCUUCCUGCAGAUUCUGCGAAUGGUGCGCAUGGACCGCCGAGGCGGCACCUGGAAACUACUGGGCUCUGUAGUGUAUGCACACAGCAAGGAGCUUGUCACAGCGUGGUACAUUGGCUUCCUGGUACUGAUAUUUGCCUCAUUUUUGGUCUAUUUGGCUGAAAAAGACCACAACAAUGAGUUCUCUACCUAUGCAGACUCCCUCUGGUGGGGAACUAUUACCCUCACCACAAUUGGUUAUGGUGACAAGACUCCACAUACAUGGCUCGGUCGGCUUCUAGCAGCUGGCUUCGCCCUGUUGGGGGUCUCUUUUUUUGCCCUGCCUGCAGGAAUCCUUGGUUCAGGUUUUGCACUGAAGGUACAGGAGCAGCACAGACAGAAACACUUUGAGAAGAGGAGAACUCCGGCAGCCACCCUCAUACAGGCUGCGUGGCGUCUCUAUUCUACAGAUGCUCGUCAUUCAUAUCUCACAGCUACCUGGUACUUCUAUGACAGUAUGCUCCCAUCCUUCAGAGAAUUGACGUUACUGUUCAGUCACCUUCAACGGCAACGUAACACCAAGAAGUUUCUUCACAACUACCACACGCUGCUGUCAGGGCUUCGGCCCUACAGUUCCCUCUAUGUGUCGGGGGACAGUCAGCUCAUAUCUAAAAAGCGGGGUUUCUUCCGGAUUCAUGGCUGCAAGCAGAGUGGGAAGAUUGGAUUUCGUGACCGCAUUAAGAUGAACAGUUCCCGCUCCACUCAGGCACUCCGGAGCAAGGCUUCUUCCCCUGUACCACCAGGGAGUGUGCGUCAAUCACCAAGCAAUGAGAACAUGUCAGAAGCCACCAGUCCCACUAAGGUGCAGAAAAGCUGGAGUUUCAAUGACCGAACCCGUUUCCGCACUUCUUUACGGCUGAAAGCACGCCCUUCCGCAGAUGUGGAGGGAGUUGGGGAAGAGAACACAGAGGACAAGUCAUACUGUGAUGUUGCUGUAGAGGAUGUCAUACCAGCAGUGAAGACCCUGAUUCGAGCAGUUAGGAUACUGAAGUUUUUGGUUGCCAAGCGCAAGUUUAAAGAAACACUACGACCGUAUGAUGUGAAGGAUGUGAUUGAGCAGUAUUCAGCUGGACACUUAGACAUGCUGGGCAGAAUUAAAAGCCUACAGAUGAGAGUAGAUCAGAUUGUAGGCCGUGGUGCUGUUCCGUCUGAUAAAAGGGGAAGGACAGAAAAGGGUGAAAAGACUCCUCUGGAACUGGAUCCUCUGGACGAGCUUAGCAUGAUGGGACGUGUCGUUAAGGUGGAGAAACAGGUGCAGUCCAUUGAGAACAAGCUGGACCUGCUGCUGAACUUUUAUUCUCAGUGCCUAAAAAAGGGCUCGUCCCAUUUCACACUGUCCUCCUUACUGGAGCCUGACCUCACAUCUGACUACCACAGUCCCACCGACCAGCGAGAGCUCUUCACCUCUGCCAACACACUCAACAUCUCCAAUUCAGACAGCGGCAACAUGGAGUGAGCUCUGCAGAGAGCAGGAGAACGAUGAGCUGUGCCGGCAGCCACGGGACACGCAGCCAGGAGCUUCAAAUCUCACAUGACAAAUCCCAAAAAAAACCCUUUUUACAGCCUUUCAAAUGCUCCAGCCAUUAUCACAUUCUGACAUGGCGUUGCCUACCUCUACACUGAUGUAUGACUUUAAAAUAUUUUAUGACUUGAUUCUGCACCUUGUUACGACCCCAUUAAGAUGUAUAUGUUCAUAAAUAUUUGAUUGUUAUUAAUGUACAAUUUGUUUGUUUGUCCCUUAUCAGCACUAGACGUUUGUUCCUCUCUUUUCAAAAUCCAGUAUUUGUCCCAUAAAAUACACCUCAUAUUUAA